CGCCGAGCCCGGCUUUGCCUCUCAAACCCGAUCACAAAUCAGCAAUUCGGAUCGAUUAGCUUCUCAAACAGCCCUAGGGUUCUCGGGGCAAGACUCUCCCAGCCCUAGGCUAGGAGCGGGCCAGAGAGCUGCAGGGGCACCCACCCUUCCCCAAGUCCCCUGAAUCCCUGCGCGCCUCCUGGCCCUUCCGGACUCUUCGAGGUCGUCCUUAGGCGGCAGGGAGCUCUCCCUCGACCUCCGACGCCAGCCAAGGCGAGCUCGUUGCUUUUGCAUAAAUUAAUAAUUCCCCAUUAACAAGUUCCCCCCCUCCAAACGCGACGCCCGCGUCCAUGCGCCACAUCCUAAUGAGGUAAUUAUCAUUUGCGCGUGUUCGGGGCUGGCGCGGGCUCCGUAGGUAAAUGGCAGUUUAUUAGCACGGUGCCCAGCUCGGCUGCGCAGGGCUAAGGGAUACUUCGGUGAUUAGACAGACACUCAGGGGCCCUUUGAGGUAGUGCGUCCGGGACACUCCGCCUUCCCCGCGUACCCUAAACCUAUAGGCCCCCCAAAGUUGUGAAUCACGCAAAGAACUCUGCCUAGGUUUGGGUUUGGGCUCCCCCCACCUUCUUCCACAGGCAAAACCAUCACGAUUCUUCCCCCUCCCCCCUCCCUCUCUUCCCUCCUUCCCUAUUCGCAAACCGCUCGCACUUUCCCGAAGGGAGCGCGGGCGCCAGUUGCCUCCUUUAAAGUUUGAGGGGCGGUGGCGGCGGCCGGCAGGCGCGGGGGAACGCAGGGUCCUCAACGGGAGUCGCGCCGCCGCCCCUGUCAUUCCACUUCAAGUGACUUCAUGUGAUGUCAGCUGAAUGUAAAAGACAGUGAUCUCACGCGGAGGGGAAGAUGUUUGCCAUCAAAAUGUGACAGAAGAGACACGCUGCAUGGCUCGGAACGCAUCUCCUUGGAGGUGGGGGAAAGAGACUUAGAGGAGAGAGGCUGUGCCCUGGCCCAGCCUGGCUCAGCCUCGCGCGCCAUGGCCAGCUCAGCUUCCCUGGAGACCAUGGUGCCCCCGGCCUGCCCGCGCGCUGGAGCGUCACCAGCCACUUCUAAAACACUAGCCUUCUCCAUCGAGCGCAUCAUGGCCAAGACGUCCGAACCCCGAGCGCCUUUUGAGCCCCGGCCUUCCGCACUAGAAGCAGACAGCAGCCAGAGCAAGAAACUGCUCAACCUCUGCUCGCCGCUGCCCUGUAUGAUCCCCCUCCAGCCUCUAGGCUACGAGGUGCCGUCCAAGACACUGCUCAGUUACUCGGAGUUCUGGAAAAGCAGCCUCCGGGCAGGCGGCGGCGGAGGAGGCGGCAGCGGCGGGGGGGCCCCAGUGUGCGGCGCCAGCGCCUUGUGCAAAACCAACUGUGGCGUGUGCUGCAAGGCCGAGCUGGGCCUUGCGCCGUCUGCGCUGCCGGCCGGCAGGGUCAUCAAGCCGCAGGUCAUCAACCAGGCGGUGGGGCUGCCGGCCAGCGGCUCGCUCUACUACUUCAACUACCUGGACUCCACUGCUUACCCACCAUCGGAGCUCCUCGGCAGCCACCUUUUCCCAUCUGGCCUCCUCAACGCACAGGCCCCCACUUCCCUGGCUGCUCACCCCAAGCUUUUUCUGCUGGAGAAUGCCAAACUGGCCAGCCUGACUGCGGACAAGUUCCCCCAUCCAGCUCCCUAUCCCCAUAAGGAGCGCUUGCCUGCGCCGCUGGAGCAGGUGCUGAAGGAGAACUCGGCCUUGACCGCUGACCGAGGGGGAGUCAAAAGCCACAGCAAACUCCCAGGGGGCUCUACUGACAGCAAACCCAAAAACUUCACCUGUGAAGUGUGCGGCAAGGUCUUUAAUGCUCACUAUAACCUCACCCGCCACAUGCCUGUCCACACCGGAGCUAGACCGUUUGUGUGCAAAGUCUGUGGCAAAGGCUUCCGCCAGGCCAGCACUCUCUGCAGACACAAAAUUAUCCACACCCAGGAAAAACCACAUAAGUGUAACCAGUGCGGCAAAGCCUUCAAUCGCAGCUCCACGCUCAACACGCACAUCCGCAUCCACGCGGGCUACAAGCCCUUCGUCUGCGAAUUUUGCGGCAAAGGCUUUCACCAAAAAGGGAACUACAAAAACCACAAACUCACCCACAGCGGCGAGAAACAGUACAAAUGCACCAUCUGCAACAAGGCCUUUCACCAGGUCUACAACCUCACCUUCCACAUGCACACCCACAACGACAAGAAGCCGUUCACGUGCGCCACUUGUGGCAAAGGUUUUUGCAGAAACUUUGACUUAAAGAAACAUGUGCGCAAACUUCAUGACAGCGUGGGUCCAGCCACCGCCCCCUCUGCAAAGGACCUGGCCAGGACAGUUCAGAGCUGAGAGUUAAUGCCUUGCUUUUCCUUCCUGCUCUGUACCAACCCAAGCAAAUCACACGUAUAAACUUAUUUCUAAAAUUAAAAGGAAAAAAAAACUAUAGCAGAGAGGCUAAAAUCUAUUUAUUGAAACCAGCAUAUUUUUGGGAAAGGUGAACGUGUCCUCGAUGACCAGCAGCAAACACGUGGCUCCCGCCUUUGUACAUUCAGGAAACGUAUUUAAAUCCAGUGCGCUGAAACAUAUUUAAUUCCAGGCCUGGGCUUCUCUCAGGCAGCCGGCUUUUAAUCCCAGCCUGUCACCGUGAACGCCUACAAGAGCGUGAUGUCCCCAGCCAUCUUCACACAACCUUGUAAUCUCUCCUGUACAAGCGAACACGGAUUAUUACACAUAUAUAACUCAAUAAACAGAA